AUGGCGGCAAUCAAUGUGGUGGUUAAGCACCAGGGCAAGAAGUACGACAUCGAGGUCGAGCCCGAUUCGGUCGGCGAGGAGUUCAAGUACCAGCUCUACAGCCUGACAGGCGUCGAACCCGAGCGCCAAAAGAUCCUCGUCAAGGGCAGCCAGCUCAAGAAUGAUGCAGACAUGUCUAGGCUGGGCCUGAAGCCUGGCCAGGUCAUCAUGAUGAUGGGUACUCCCGGCGAGGGCGGCGGAGCCAUCGCUCGCCCUUCGGAGAAGAUCAAGUUCGUCGAGGACAUGACCGAGGCCGAAGCCGCUCGCCAGGCUGGCGCCACUCCUGCCGGCCUCAUCAACCUCGGCAACACGUGCUACCUCAACUCGACCCUCCAGGUCAUCCGCUCCAUUCCCGAGCUGCAGGACACGCUUGUCAAGUACGAGUCGAGACCGAGCCCCGCGGUCCCUGUCCUUGGCCCUGACCUGACCAAGCAGCUCAAGGAGCUGUACAAGGACAUGUCGGAAACACAGGAGGGCAUGCCCCCCUUUGCCUUUCUGGCUGCUCUGCGGACAGCCUUUCCCCAGUUCGCCGAGCGUGCAAAGAAUGGUCACGGCUACGCCCAGCAGGACGCAGAGGAGGCCUGGUCGCAGAUCAUUUCUCAGCUCAAGCAACGCAAUCUGCCCAGUCCCGACGCAGACAGCAGAACGGGCACCGAAGACUCUAACCUCCCUUUCAUCGAUAACUACAUGGCUGGCGAGCUUACAUCGACCACCGAGUGUGAUGAGCCUGCGGCUCGCGAGGCCGGGGAAACGCCCACGACGACCAAGGAAUCGUUUCUCAAGCUCAACUGCCACAUCGACGCUCAGACCAAUCACUUGCGUGACGGUAUCCUCAACGGCCUCAAGGAGCAGCUCGAGAAAAAAUCCGAGACGCUGGACCGUGACGCCACCUAUACCAAGAAGUCCAAGAUCUCGCGGUUACCGAAGUACUUGACUGUACACUUUGUGCGCUUCUUCUGGAAGCGCGAGGCGCAGAAGAAAGCCAAGAUUAUGCGCAAGGUGACGUUUCCUCACGAGCUCGACGUGAUUGAGUUCUGCACCGACGAGCUCAAAAAGUCACUCGUCCCUGUGCGCGACAAGGUGCGCGAGGUCCGCAAGGACGAGGAGGAUAUUGAUCGCGCGCGGAAGCGGCGCAAGAAGAACCCGGAAGACGGCGAAAACGAUAACAGCACCGCCGCGGCCACGAAAAAAGACGACAAGAAGAAGCCCGCCGCUCCCGCGGACGGCAACGUCGAUAUGGGCGACGCGUCUAUAACGUAUAAGACGGAUGCUGAAUUCGAAGCCGAGAAGGACGCAUCGCUGCUCGCGGCCAAGAAAGAGCUACAUGCACUCAUCGACCCUAACCUAGGCCCUGGCACCAACCAGUCUGGGCUAUACGAGCUGCGUGGAGUCGUCACGCACCAAGGCGCCAGCGCUGACAGCGGCCACUACACUGCCUACGUCAAGAAGACGGGUCCCAAGGACCCCAAGACUGGCAAGGUUGGCGAGGAAGACGGCAAUUGGUGGUGGUUCAAUGACGACAAGGUGUCCGAAGUGACCCCUGACAAGAUCGACACCCUGGCUGGCGGUGGCGAGUCCCACUCGGCGCUGAUUCUGCUGUACCGUGCCAUCCCCCUGCCUACGGCUGAGGGUCUAGUUGAGUGA